AUGUCUUCUCCCAAUGUUUCUUCGCCCGAAAAGGCGUACCUUGGUAGUCAUCAAUCCAAGUUUCUCGAAGACUUGGAGGCUCAAUACUCCAAUCUAAACGAAGAGUGUCUUGUGUCGAAAGAGCCGGCGCAUAAGAAGCCACCAAAGCCGAGAAAAGGAAGCUCAAGCCGUGCUAAGUGGAUUGCCCUUGGAUUCUUGUGCAUCAUCGCUGUCACAGUCCUUGCGCUGUGUGGGGCUGGUUUGAUUCACGAUUCACGGUGA